AUGGCGAACAACGGGCUCAUCGCUGAGAAGGACCCGCUUUUCUGGGGUGCGGCGGCGGCCGAGCUCACCGGCAGCCACCUCGACGAGGUCAAGCGCAUGGUGGCACACUUCCGCGAGCCUGUCGUCAGGAUCGUGGGCGCCGGCCUCAGCGUCGGCCAGGUGGCUGCCGUCGCCCAGGCCAAGGAUGUGUCCAGCGUCACCGUCGAGCUCGCCGACGAGGCGCGCGCCCGCGUCAAGGCCUGCAGCGAGUGGAUCCUGGACUCCGUGGCCAACGGCGGCGACAUCUACGGCGUCACUACGGGCUUCGGUGGCACCUCCCACCGUCGCACCAAAGAUGGGCACGGCCUCCAAGUUGAGCUCGUCAGGCAUCUCAUUGCUGGCAUAUUCGGCACCGGCAGUGACCACGAGAUGCCAUCGGAGGUUACACGUGCGUCUAUGCUCGUGCGCAUCAACACCCUCCUCCAGGGCUUCUCCGGCAUACGUUUCGAGAUCCUUGAGGCCAUCACAAAGCUCAUCAACAAAGGAGUGCACCCGAGGAUUCCCCUCCGGGGCAGCAUCACCGCGAGUGGCGACGUGGUCCCGCUUGCUUACAUCGCCGGUGUUCUCACCGGACGCCCGAACGCACAGGCAAUUACCCAUGAUGGUAGGAAGGUGGAUGCCGCCGAGGCAUUCAAGAUUGCCGGGAUAGAUGGUGGCUUCUUCAAGCUGAACCCCAAGGAAGGGUUGGCCAUCGUAAAUGGCACGGCUGCAGCCGCCGCCCUUGCAGCAAUGGUACUGUUCGAUUGCAACAUCUUCGCUGUCCUAUCCGAGGUUUUUUCUGCGAUGUUUUGUGAGGUGAUGUAUGGCAAAUCAGAGUUUGCCGACCAUCUAAUCCACAAGCUGAAACAUCACCCCGGCACGAUCGAGGCCGCGGCUAUCAUGGAACACAUUCUGGCUAGCAGCCCGUUCAUGGUCCACGGCAAGAUGGUGAACGACAUGGACCCACACCUCAAGCCGAAGCAGGACAGAUAUGCGAUCCGCACCACGCCACAGUGGCUUGGCCCGCAGAUCGAGGUCAUUCGGGCGGCUACCAAGUGUAUUGAGCGUGAGGUGAACUCCAUGAGUGAUAAUCCAGUCAUUGACGUCCACCGUGGCAUUGCACUCCAUGGUGGUAACUUCCAGGGAACACCCAUCGGCGUAUCUAUGGACAACACCCGCCUUGCCAUCGCCAGCAUUGGGAAGCUCAUGUUCGCGCAGUUCUCCGAGCUCGUAAAUGAGUUCUAUAAUAAUGGCCUGACGUCGAACCUAGCUGGAAGCCGCGACCCAAGCUUAGACUAUGGUCUCAAAGGCAUUGAGAUCGCCAUGGCCGCAUACUGCUCGGAGCUCCAAUACCUUGCCAACCCGGUGACAACCCAUGUCCAAAGCGCGGAGCAGCACAACCAGGGGGUGAACUCACUUGGCCUUGUCUCAGCCAGGAAGACUGCAGAGGCGGUGGAGAUGUUGAAGCUCAUGUCCUCGACAUACCUGGUGGCACUUUGCCAGGCCGUCGACCUUCGCCACCUGGAGCAAAACAUCAAGAUCUCUGUCAACAUAUGCGUGGCACAGGCUGCCAGAAAGGUGGUCGACGCAACCAGUGUUGAGAAGAAGCUCGCGGCCGCCAUCGACCGCGUGGACGUUUUUCGCUAUGCCGACGACCCAUGCAGCGCCAACUACCCCCUGAUGCACAAGCUGCAUAGUGUGCUCCUCGAGCACGCUCUUGCUAGCAGGAGCAUCGACGAUGAGGUGUUGUGCAAGAUCAGUAAGCUAGAGGAGGAGCUCAUGAUAGCCCUGCCACGGGAGGUCGAGGCGGCUCGCGUGGCCGUGGAGAAGGGCACCGCACCCAUCUCGAACAUGAUCAUGGGGAGCAGGUCGUUCCCACUCUACCGUUUUGUUCGUGAGGAACUCAGAUGCGUGUUUCUGACUGGGGAGAAGCUUCUCGCGCCCGGCGAAGAGUGUGACAAGGUGUUCGUGGGGAUCAGCCAAGGCAAGCUCAUCGACCCCAUGCUUGAGUGCCUCAAGGAAUGGAACGGUGAGCCUUUGCCCAUCAACUAA